AUGUCUUGGCACCAUUCCUCCAUCACUCAGAACCGCGUCGACAUGGUCAAGCGCUCUGCCGACGAUGCUAGACUCGAGCGCAACUCACAAGAGGCUGCUAAGAAGAAACGACCACAGUCUUGCGACACAUGUCGUUCCCGCAAGAUCAAGUGCGUCCGUGUUCAAGUAGAUGGUCUCGACGCCUCGCCCCACAAUCAAUGCCUUCAAUGCAGAGCCAUCGAUGCCAGAUGCACCUUCGACUAUGUUCCCAAGCGUCCCGGUCCUCAAAGCUCGUUUGCAAGGACAGCCAGGAGCGAGGCCAAAGUGCAAUUGCAUAGCAGAGCCUCGACGCAGACUCGACACCAUCACUGCCAACAUGCAGCUCCCGCUUCAUCCCAUUCUCCAACCUCUACCCUUGGCUUUGGCAAGACACCUGGAGCUCAGCAUCUCCCGCACACUCUCAUCCCAGGCUUGCCCGCCGACGACAGCUGCUACCGCCCACUCGCAGCACACAACUUUGCAUCUGCAUCCGCAUCUGCAUCUCCAUCCGGCAGCGGCACCCAGACACGAUCCUCCUCGUGGAGCGGUGGUACCAACUUGGAUAGCUACCUCCACAACUCGAUGCUCGCCAUGAUGCCUAGCCAGUUCGCUGCUAUGCCUUUCCACUUUUCCUCCCACAAUAUCGCCAACAUGUCCGCACCUUCUCCAUCAAUGAGCGUCUCGAAUGCGUCUUGUGCGACACCAGGUAGCUACGCCGGCUCUACGUCCUGCCAAGCUGCAACGCGGUCUGAUGCCCGAAGCUCACCAUCUGCAGCACCGCUUGCAGCCCUCGAGCAGUCCAUGCAGCCCCACCUGCAAAGCCAACCGCAGCAACAGGCACAGCCAGCGUCGACGCCUUCUCAAGUAGAUCACUUGCACUCCUUCCACCUUGCAGUUGGCCAUGCCGAUUCGACCGCAGCACUGCUAUCUAUCCCAUCAUUCUCGCGUGUGCCAUCGCCUGCAGCAUCUCUGCCUCACCAACAGCAGCCCUCGGCAUCGUCUUUUGGCUCCCACUCGAAUCUCAAUCAAAACCAAAGCUCGACGGCCCCCCAGCCAAGUCUGUCCACCAUGUACUGCGCACCUGUCCUUCGUCCACGAUCGCUCCAAGACAUUGCCCCGCGUCAGACAUUCCUGUCAAUUGUCUCGCUCUACUUCCACUACCUCUGGCCUUUGCUGCCCAUUGUGCAUCCUCCUACCUUCACUCACCACCUCCUCAAUCGUCGAGAUGAGCGUGACGACGCUUUCUUGGCCUUUAUCCUAAGUUUGACGUCGUACACCUUGAUCCAGUGUCCAAGGAGCGUGGUUCCAGCCCCUUGGUCCAUGUACCGAAGGCUCCACCGCAUCUGCCACUUGACUUCUCGCCGAAUGCAGCCCCGCGUCUAUGACCCGCCUCGGCUGCUUCACGUCAACACGCUCUACUGUGACCACAUCUACCUUGGCACUGUCGGCAAGACCAACGCUGCAAAUGCAGUCCUCGCCGAGGCUGUGCGAGUCGCAUACACGCUCGGUUUGCACGACCAGCGCAAGAACGACACAAGCACAAGUGUAACGCCAUACGCUUUUGACGCUUCUUCCUUUUCACACUACCGAUCACCCAUUGCGAAUGCAGUGGAUCGCGAGCUGCGAAAGCGCAUCUUCUGGCUUCUCCACGGUAGCUCAACGAUCAUCGCAAUCCUUCAAGACGAGCCGGCGCUGAUUCACGCUAUUGAUGCAUCUGUCGAUCUGCCUCUUGCUCUCGAUGAGCAGGCGCUAGCAAACCCGGGACACAUUCAGAGAACGCCAAGUGUAUUGUCGGGCUUCUUGACUGUUACGCGAUUGCAUCAGGUCAUGCUCGAGCUGCUCGAGUCCUAUCGACGCGAUCGACGUUUCCCGAUCGAUGAUCUGCCGGUUGCGAGGUCACGCAUUCGAUACCUUGUGGAUGUCCUGCGUCGCAUUCAGCAGGCGAUCGAUGACAUGCCUCAAGAGCUUCGCAAGCCAGUGUACACGCAUGCUCCUCCAGAGCCUAUCCGUCGACCAGGUGCUUCCAUCCUCUCGCUCAACUUUGUGCAGCAGCAACAGAGACAGCAGCACGCACCCUUGCUACAGGCCAUUGGCUUUGACGCUGCCACACAGACAGCUCUGGGCAAUCACCUCAGUGCAACAUCGCCUUGUAGCAAUGCUGGCAAUAACGAUAUUCUCGUCGACCCCACAGCGGCUUCAGUUGGUGGCCUCACAAUGAUGGACCUAGUUAACGUCUUCCACCCCUCGCCUGGCCCCUCAUCGACACCUGUUCUGUCGCCGAUGUGCACUAUGCACGCCAACAUCGUCGCCACUGAAUCUCUCAUCCGAUUCCUCGUCACCGAGUAUCGCCAACUCGUCUCCACCCGCAUCCACGAUCUUAGACUCGGUCAAGCCUCGCCUUGCUCCGCCCCUGAAGAGUUCGGGGAAGAAGAAUGGCAAGAAGCAGCACAGAACAUGUUGCGUGUGUUCAACAGCUUGCCUCUCGACGCACUUGCUUCGAAUGGACAUUCCUUGGUCAGUAAGAUCAUCUAUGUAGUUUCUGCCUUGUUGGAUCGCACUGCCACCGCCACUGGUGUGCGGAGGCGUAGGGAAGGGAAGAGUGGAAAGCGUGGGGAGACGACGACGACGACGACGACGACGGUUGACUUCCAGUAUAUGUCGAGUCUGUUGGGGACACUGACGAGGUUGAGUCAGACGAGGAAGGAUGAUAAUGCGAGCGAAUGGUGGAGUGGGGAGCAGGAGCAGGAGCAAGAUGGACGUGGUAGGGCGAAUGGUAAUGGUGGUGGUGGUGGUGAUGAUGGAGGAGAAGCAAGUGGCAGGCAUGGUCAGCGUAGAAGAAGCGAUGGAAUUAGUAGCGGUCAGGGUAGAAGCGGGAACAGUGAUGCUGGUGGUAACAACGCCAAUCGUCAUCCAAGCGGUCCCCAGCUUGAUCCUAGUACGCAUAGCGAUAAUGGUUCCCGUGCUGGUCGCGAUAUCUCUUCAACUCGCAAUCGAAACUUGAGCGCCGCUGGUGGUGGUGUAGAAAGUAAACAACUUGCUCCUCCACUGACCAUGCCGCAACAACAGCAGCAACAGCAGCACCAAGAAGCACCCUUCUCGCCAUACACAUUCUCCAACCAAUCCUCCUCCAACCCUUCCUCCACCACAAGUUCAACUACCAACACUGCUUCAACCACUCCAACGAGCGAACAACCUGCUGCUCCUGCUGCUCCUUCUUCGUUUUACGAUGAUCCCAAACUUGUCAACUGCACCAUGACUGCUUUGGGCACUCAGAAAGGGAUGCAAUCCACUUGA